AUGAACAAAACAUCCAAUUCAACUUUAUCAGAUCAAAAUGAAACCAUCAUCAACCAAAACUCAUCAACUUCAACUUUCUUAAUUCAACCUAAAUCAUUAGCUUCUUCUAGUAUAGCAGCAGCAGCAGCUCGUCUCAUCACCCAUCCACUUGAUACCAUUCGACUUAGAAUUCAAACUCAAUUAAAUUCUUCACCCAAUUCAUUACGUCAAAUUAUCCCAUCAUCAGCUUCUGAGCUAUAUGCUGGUUUACCAGUUGCAUUACUUUUUAGUGUACCCGCCUUAUCUAUUUAUUUAUCAUCUUAUGAAGUGGCUAAACGGUUUUGGACUCCGAUCUUUAUUGAUCCUAAUCGAUCUUCAAGUUUACCACCACCUUCGAUGAUCGAACAGUUUCCUGCUUAUAUGCUCUCAGGUUUAUCUGCCGAAAUCGUAUCUGGUUGGGUAUGGACUCCAAUGGAAGUAACCAAAAGUCGAUUACAGAAAGGUAAUGAAGGAACUUCUGGCAUCAAAUUAUUGAAAAAGAUUGCCAAGACUGAAGGUGUUAGAGGAAUCUGGAGGGGAUACACUGUUUCUUUGGCAGUUUAUGGAGCUCUAUAUUGGCCAGUUUAUGAACAAACCAAAUCAGUUUUCAUCCCUUCAUAUAAUCCAACCGAUACAACACACACCCAAGAUCAAACUUCAGAUUUGCACAAAGGAACAACAAAUCUAACAGCUAGAUAUUCGCUUUGCGCUGCUCUAAGUUGUAUGGUCUCUGCUGGUCUGACUCAUCCGAUUGCAGUACUUCAAAGUACAGUUCAGACUUCUGGAGGUCUCCAUAAUGCUUCUUCAUCUGUUGGUCCGAUUCGUUCGGCUUUGAAUAGGAUUUGGAAAGAAGGUGGUCCAAAAGGUUUUACUCGUGGGGCUUUGGCUAGAAUGACUUACAUGGUCCCUUCAAAUAUUAUCUCCAUGUCAAUUUAUGAAAUUCUGAAAGCUCAUUGGGGAGUAUGA